ACUGGCCAUAGAGAUAUGGCCAAGAUUCACAACCUUUUUUUUCCCGAAAAGAUUCACAACCUCGUCGCGGGAAAUAACAGUAUUCGGCAGCGGACAAUGGCAGGGAACUCGCCGCGCAAUUCACCACCACCACCAAAUAAGCGCCUCAAAACCCUAAUCCCCGAUUCAAACAUCUCCUCAAAUUUAGAACUGGACGGCUCAGAUUCGGUUAUAAGCAGCUGCGGCAUCUGUUUGUGUGAUAAUAGCAAUGCAAUUAGAGGCGAAAUUGAUAGUUGCAAUCACUUCUUCUGCUUUGUUUGCAUAAUGGAGUGGGCCAAAAUUGAGUCUCUUUGCCCUAUGUGCAAGCGCCGCUUCUCUUCCAUUCGCCGACCGCCGAAACACGGUGUCUUUUCCUCUGAACGCAUCGUUAGAGUUCCUAAACGCGACCAGGUUUAUCAUCUGUUCGGAAAUACCACACGCCAGCAUUUUGAUCCUUAUGCACAAGUUCAAUGUAAUGUUUGCCGCACUGCGGCAGAUGAAUGUCUUUUAUUACUCUGUGAUCUUUGUGAUUCUGCUGCUCAUACUUAUUGUGUCGGUCUUGGAGCCACUGUACCUGAAGGUGAUUGGUUUUGUAAUGAUUGUGCUGUUUCUAGAACCGAACACGACAUUAUUCAGAAGAAUGGUGAUGAUAACGUUGAGAAUGUAAUUGUCGAGUCCGAGGUAAGGCUAGAAGUUGUACCACAUGAUUCCACGUCUUGUCACGGUGUUGAUAGUUAUGACACGUCGGAAAACUGUAAUGACGGAAUAGAGAAUGUAUCACAUGUUUCCAUUUUUAAUAUUGUACGUGACGCAGAUGACCCAUUUACUCUGAGAAGAAGAUCCUCCUUAGUUUCUUCUCUCUGUGAAAGACAAUCCAGUCUUGAAGAUGACAUGUCUCAUGAAAGACGAGGAACUUUUAAAAAUAGGCGAGGACAAAAGACAUCUCAGACUGAUGCCAGAACACUGAGUCGGUGCCGUGAUGUGCAUGGUUAUGUACGAGAUUUGCGGGAAAAUUGGGAUGCAUUGCGAAGAGGAUCUUUGAGGUUCUCUUCAAGUUCAGUGGAGUCUAGUUGCAGAAGCCUUGCAAAAUGUAAUACUCUUGCAGCUACUCAAGAAAGUUCAGGCCAAUCACAAAUCUCCUCUUUUACAGCUGAUCAGCAAUUGACAAUUAUUGAUGAGUUGCCUGGAAACUGUACAGAAGAUAGACAUUCUGAUGACGCCAAAAAAGCCUGGAAAAUGAUGGCUAAGGCAAAGUCACUACACAAGCCUUCUAGAAUAAUUAAAAGCGUUCAUUGUGUAUCAACAAAUCAAUCUGUAAUAGGGAAUGCUGCUGGUGGCAGCUCAAGCUCGCAUUUAUCAAAAACCCAAGAAGUUGAAACUUCAGGCUUUAGUUGCUUUACUGGUGGGAAGAGAUACAUACUUAGUUCUAAUGAAAAACAAAGUAAGAAGCACAUAUCCACUAAGUUAAAAGUGCAAAGCAAUUGUUUGAAUCUGAAUAUGGAAAAGUUAAGAACUAGUGACAGUCUACCAACUACUUCAGGAUUUUCUGCAUCCCUGUCAUCUUGGAAGGUGCAAACUAGCAGUCAAACCAAUAUCUGUCCUGAAAAUCCAGAACAAAUCCUACAGCAAAAUCUGCGCAGAGUUCUGUCAACAGUUGCCAAUCAGCAAAUUGAAUCUAGCCGUUUGGUGCCUUUGGUUGAGUCGGUGUCCGCAAGUUCUGGGUCACAUAAGAACACUAAAGCGGACAACAGUGCAUCUUUUUCAUGUAAGAUGCAUUUUCCAGAGAGAGAUGUUAAGUUGGAAAAUAGCCGCAUAGAUAAAAAGCUAAGAAACAAUGAUAAUGCUAAAAGUGAGAUCCAGUCUCUUGUCAAGCUCAACUUAAAGCUUCUAAAAGGAGAGAAACAGUUAGGAGUUGAUGUGUUCAAGGAAGUUGCAAGACUUGCGACGCAUACCAUUUUGGCUGCAUGUGGUUUUGAGCACUCAAGGCAUGUUGUCCACUCUUUCCCUAGGUCUGUAUGCAGCCAUUCUGAGAAAAUCGAGCAACUCCGUAAGUCUACUCUAAUGCCAAAUUCUUGUCGAGAAUGUUUUUUUGAAUUUGUGAAGGAAGUUGUUAAUUCAGUUCUAACUAAGAAAGUAUCUCAUGCUAAUUCAUCAAAAGUUAUACCAUAAUGUCUUUGCUGCCAAUCUAGAUAGGGUCUUAGGUUUCUUAUCUACUUCAUUGGUUGCAAGCAUGUAAAUGCCUGUUUCCUUUAUGGAACCACCGGUAUAAACCAAUUGCACAGCACAUGUACCCAGUUUACCCCUUCUUUAGCGGUAUCUUAAGGCACGUGUAGUAUAGAUAUUGCCUUCUGUAUGAAUAUCUGUAAGAUGUUCCUUGCAUUUAUUUAUCAUUUUAUUAUACAUGUGAAGGUUUAUCGUACUGCAUGAAGCAAGUAUAGUUCCUUCUGUUUA